CCCUCCCCUUGCCUCAUCGCCAUCGCACACUUGCACCGUUGCAUGCGAGGCAGGCAGCGGCCACAUCUCAAGUUGCAGCAGCUCCACACACACACCGUGCAAGCAGCGGCUAGCGCGCGCAGGUAGAGCACGCACGCCAUCGAAUCCUCAUCUCAUCUCCCGGCGUUUAUUACCGGCCGGCCGGCGAGAUGUCAGCCAGAGCGCGCGGCGGCGAGGGCGGCGGGAUCCAGUUCCCGGUGGGGCGGCGCGGCCGGUACGUGCCGGUGGUGGACGCCGGGUGCGGGUGCCGCCCGCGCCGGCCGAGGCUGCUCAGCCUGCCGUCGUUCCUCAAGCCGUGCCACCAGCUGGAGGGCGGCGGCGGCAAGGCGGCGGGGCCGAGGCGCGGCGGCGGCGAGCGGUACUCGUGCGCGUCCACCUCCACGGCCUCCUUCUCCUCCUCGUCCGCCGCCACGCACAGCACCGGGUACUCGUCGGCCUGCUCCUCCGACUACUACUGCCACCACCCGCCGCGCGUCGUCUACGGAGCCGCCGCCGCCGCCGCCGCCGCGACCAAGCAUCAGCAACAGGCGCCGCCGUCUCCGCCGCUCCCCAAGCAUCAGCAGGCGGCGGCGUCCAAGACGAGCUCGCCGCAGCCGAAGGCGAAGAAGGCGAAGAAGAAGAGGCGCGAGAGGACGACGGGGCCCGCGGCGGCGGCGGCGGCGGCGGCGGGGGGAGGCAAGGACAGCGAGGCGGACGGCGCGGGCGUGGGCGUGGCGGUGGAGAAGGAGUCGGCGGACCCGCGCGCGGACUUCCGGGACAGCAUGGUUGCGAUGGUGGUGGAGAUGGGGCUGUGCGACUGGGACGGCCUCCGCGGCAUGCUCCGGCGCCUGCUCGCCCUCAACGCGCCGCGCCACCACGCCGCCAUCCUCGCCGCCUUCGCCGAGGUCUGCACGCAGCUCGCCGGCGCCGCGGCGGCCGCGGCCGGGCCUCCUCGUACUCCACAGCGGUCGCCGACGGCGUACCACCAGCACCGGCGCUGACCCCCCGCGUCGACGUCGACCACGCGCCCAGCUAUGCCGGCUUGAGGUCAUCCCGGCACCACGCCAUCAACCUGCUUCCUGAUGCUGCUGUAAUGGGCCUGGUGGUGACACGAUCUCAUCGCACAGGAAGCUAAGUUACAACUUACUACAAGGGACAGCAGCUGCAAGUGCAAAUUGACUGGUUGUUAUAAUCAGUAAACUAAUUAAGCUAAGCAUAUAUAUAGUAGUAACAAUAAAGUAAGAGGUGUGCUAGUGUCAGACUACCAUGUGGCUGAUUUCAGUAUGUACUUGAUGAGUGAGUUGUUGCUUUUGGUUUCCUAGCUAGCUUAGCGUCUGUAAUCUUGCAGAGUAAUGCUCCCUAAUUUACAGUCAGUAGAAUUCCAGUGAGAGGUUGUGCUUGCUUGUGUGUUGU